UCAGGAUGAAUAGAAAAUGAAAGAGAAUAUGCUAUAGUUGUUCAGAGUUUGAAGGCCUUUUAAGUCUUCCUUGUUGAUUUAUAUACAGUUUCGGUGGUUCAGUCUACAAAGAGCAAACUCGCUCUGUAUUUCAUCCAUCUUAAACCUCAGUUUUGCUGGUUCCUAGAUUUGUCUCUAGUUUGUCCUUUUUUUUGUGCCCUUCUAUCAAUAGUUAAGGACUAUAUACUAAUAUAGGCUAGCUAUGGUGGUGACCAACCUUGUAGUCUUGCCAGCAGUUAUACUAUUCCUUGUCCUUUGUCUACAUUUCAUCAUAAAAAUUGUCAAAUUUAGAAAGCAUGCAAACCUGCAUCUUCCUCCCGGAAGUUUAGGAUGGCCUAUUGUUGGAGAAACCUUUGAUUUUAUGCGUACAUGUCUUGAUGGAAGCAUGUUAAGGUUCAUAAAAGAGAGAAUGGACAAAUAUGACUCAAGGGUGUUCAAGACUUCAGUGUUUGGAAAUCCUAUAAUUGUGUUUUGUGGUGCAGCUGGGAACAAGUUCUUAUUCAGCAACGAGAACAAGAAUGUCCAAGUGUGGUGGCCUAGCUCGGUGAGGAAGCUGCUGAGGUUGUCUCUUGUUACUAAGGUUGGUGAUGAAGCAAAGAUGGUGAGAAGGUUGCUCAUGAGCUUUCUUAAUGCAGAAACACUCAGAAAUUACUUGCCAAAAAUGGAUAGCAUUGCUCAGCGCCAUUUAGACAAACAUUGGGAAGGAAAGGAGCAGGUGCAUGUCUAUCCCAUAGUACAGCUAUACACGUUUGAAUUGGCCUGUUGCUUAUUUUUAAGCAUCGAAGACUCUAUCCAGAUAGCAAAGCUUUCAUUAAAAUUUGAUGAAUUUCUGAAAGGGAUUAUUGGCUUCCCCAUCAACAUUCCUGGAACAAGGUUUCAUCGGGCAAUGAAAGCUGCAAGUGCAAUAAGGAAAGAAAUUAAAAUGAUUCUAAAGAAAAGGAAAGUGGAUUUGGAAGAGAAGAGGGCAUCACCAACCCAAGACCUUCUAUCACAUAUGCUUGUUACGUCUGACACCAAUGGAAGGUUUAUGACCGAAAUGGAGAUAAUUGAUAACAUACUUCUUCUACUUUUUGCUGGCCAUGACACUUCUAGGUCAGUGUUAUCACUGGUCAUGAACUAUCUAGGACAGUUACCUGAAGUUUAUGAGAAUGUGUUGAAAGAACAACUUGAAAUUAGUCAAGGGAAAGAGGCAGGGCAUUUUUUGCAAUGGGAAGAUGUUCAGAAAAUGAAAUACUCUUGGAAUGUUGCAUCUGAAGUCAUGAGGCUGUCGCCACCUGUAGGUGGUGCUUACAGAGAAGCUAUAAAGGAUUUCACCUAUGCUGAUUAUAACAUCCCUAAAGGGUGGAAGUUGCAUUGGAGCACUGGUUCAUCACACAUGGAUCCAACACUCUUCUCAAAUCCUGAAAUUUUUGAUGCCUCAAGAUUUGAAGGAGCAGGGCCUACACCCUUUUCAUAUGUUCCAUUUGGAGGAGGACCGAGAAUGUGUUUGGGGCAAGAGUUUGCAAGACUAGAGAUACUUGUGUUUAUGCAUUACAUUGUGAAACGGUUCAAGUGGGAUCUGGUGAAUCCCAAUGAGAAGUUUAGGUAUGAUCCCAUGCUAGAACCAGAAAAAGGACUUGCACUUCGACUUCACCGCUGUCAUUUCUAGCCAAGUUCCUUCACCAUUCACAUAGUUGAAUUUUGUUUUUGUAUCUGCUUCCACAUGUUCUACAGUCUAGUAGCUUCAAUAGAACUUCAAUUAUUUUGAUAUGUACUCAGCAUACAUAGUUCAUAUCUAUGCUUUCUUAACAUUGGUUUUGCAGGAAGGAAUAAUAGAAGCAGUUAACAAUGUGUU